AUUUUUAUUACAUACCAAAACCAACCACAUUAGACUAUUAACAGAAUCAUCAAUUGUCAGCGCAAGCCGAUUGAAGGAGAUGAUGGAUCCUCUUCUAUGGCACAGAGUUGCUGCUGUUUCUGGUAUGGCUGCUCUUGCUUUGGGAACUUACGGUGCUCAUGUGUUCAAGCCCCAAAAUCCUGCUUAUAAAGAGGUUUGGCACACAGCGUCAACUUAUCAUUUGGUACACACUGCAGCUCUGCUUGCUGCUCCAAUAACAAAGCACCCUAACAUUUUCGGGGGACUUUUGACAACUGGCAUUCUUGCUUUCUCGGGAACGUAAGUGCAAUUUACUUCAAUUUUGUUCUUGUUAAUAUCCUUAUGUUGUACUCAUUAUACCUAUAGAGAUGAUGGAUUGCUUGUUUUUUCUUCUUUGAUUGCCUAGCAAACUGGGUAAUAUUUCAUUGUAUAGUGUGAUGCCUUUGGUAGGUGAACAAAUCCUUCAUUUUAUCGAGUACUAGAUUAGGUAGAUGGAGUUUCAUAGCUCAUUACAGUAUGACUUUCUCAUACCACCGAAUUCUGAUGAUGAUGAUAUAUAAUGUAAUACUUGUUUGUUUCUGAUGUGUUAUUUUAAAUAACUUUAGGGAUUAUUAUAAAAUGGUCGUUUAAACUUUCGUAUCGUUUAAACUUUUGGAUAGCAGUAAGUUUUAAGUAGUUGUGAUUGUUCAUCGAAUGUACUGAUAUAACCUUUGCUGGAAGCUCGUGAAAAUGAUACUUACUAAUAAUACCACUCGUAAGGCCCCAUAAUAUCACUCAUAAGCCCCCUGUGGUGUAGUGUACUAAACCAUGAGAGAUAAAAUUUAUGUUAGUGGUCAUGGUGGUGUUAGUGUAGAUAAUAAGUCAUGGUGGUAUUGUAGAUAAUAGGAGACAGAACACAAGGGGAUAAAGAAUGGGUAGAAGAGGAGGGCCAGAAGAAUGUGAAGAAUUUGGGAAAUGAAAUUGAAAUUGAGAUUGAGAAUAGAUAGGAUAGAUACAGGACUGGCUGAGAUGAGGGUGGAAACGGAUGUGUCAGCUGAAUACUUUAGGAAGAAGAGAUGAGAUGUUAUGUGAAGCUGUGAGUUAAAAGCUUCUCUGCGUAUAUUUCAUGUUACUUCCCCAAUUUGUAGGAUUAUCUGAAUCUCCGUAUGCCCAACCAGUGUUUUGUUCCCGCUGUUGUCUUUCUUGAAUAACAAAUUUUGGAAAAUAAAUGCUGAUUGACAUAAUUCCUCUGAUUGCUUGCAAGCAAAAGUGGUCUAAAAUUUGCACUUUUAACCAUUUAGUUCUGUGUUUUGAAUGUUCUUUUCUUUCACAUCACUGUUGCUUUUCUCAGCAUCUUCCCUAUUCCUUUCAUCCAUUGAGUCAGCCAUCCAUUCAUUAAAAACCUUGUUUGAUUUUGUUCUUUUCCAGUGCCAACUUCACAUGUGCAUAUAUGUUCUUUUUGGUCUAUUCACGAAAUCAUUUCACUGAUUGAUAGACAUUCUUUGUUGCUAUGCCGCACUCUUUCUGCAAUGCUGCUUACAUUCCAAAUCUUGGGGAUCACUGACGUCCUGUCUGUCUCUUUCUUUCCUGCAUCUUUUAUCAACUAAACAAAAGGUGGGACCUGCCUAUUGCUUUGGUACCCCACAAGUAAUCACGAAAACACAAUCUUGUCCUUUGUUUAAUGAUCCGGGGGAUAGCAAUAUAAUACUGAUAUAAGUCCAAAAGAAUGGUGCUGUUUUUAAAUAUAUGCCUUUAAUUUCAAUCAUAGUGUCAUUACUUAUAGCGUCAAAUUGGAAUCGAUACUUUCAUGAGGCUUAAAGGUUAAAAUGUAGGAUCAUAAAUUGCAGAAAAUAUUAUGACGAGUUUGAUUUUUGUAUCUUGCUAUGAACAAAAAGAUAUGUGAUAUUGUUGGACAGAGGAAGUGCCACAGAUGCACGUAAUACUUUUCAUCAAGUAAGUAUGCAUUUAUAAAUAAAAGCAUUUCUGGGUUUGCAGGUGUUAUGCUGUGGCCUUCUUUGAAGAUAGAAAAUAUGCUAAAAUAGCUCCGUUUGGUGGCUUUGCAUUUAGUUACAAGGAGUGCUAAGGAACAGCUCUUCGAUUGUGAUUUUUUUUUUUCUUUAAAGAAAAUACAAGCAUAUUUUCUCUCCGUCCCAAAAUGAUGGUCUAGUACUUUUUGGGUGGGGAGAUCUCUGGGCCUUUGGACAGAGGGAGUAUAUGCUUUGUUUAUUUUAUUUUAUUUUUAUUUUUAUUUUUUUUUUGUUGUAACGGACGGUAUCUUGUUCUGCCCAAAUGUACGUAAUAUACAUUUUGUUGUCAUUAUCUUGAAUGUCUUACUGCGUCUUUUGCUUGAUGUAAUCCUGGAAUGAUUGGUCGACACAAAGCCAAAAAAACAUUAGAAGGAAACAGCAAAAAGAUCGAAUGUAACCAAUUCCGAAUAGUGAAAAUAAAUGAUGGCUAAGUAAAUCACGUCUCUAACGAAAACAGAUUCUCAGAGAAUGACGACAUGGCGUGGAGAAAUAAGGUGUAAAGUGUUGUUUUUACACGAUUUGAAGACGAACUUUUUUGGUAUUAUUGAAUUGAUCUGUAGUUUUAGAGCAAACGCCAAAUUAAAGAAUGCACAUUUUCCCUCCAUACAUUGACAUGGUGUGUGAUUCAAUGUUUUAUACAAAGCUAUUUCCUAAAUCUAAUUCCCUAAUAUCUGUACAUAUUUUAUACAGGGCAAAAUGUACAA